CUUUCUCUCUCACACACCCUCAUCCCACUUCUCCUUGUCUCUCUCUCUCUCUCCCUUUCUCUAUCUAACUUCAGCAGUAGCUAGAUUUCUUUGAGCUCCACUGUUAACUUAGCACACGCUACUCCCUCUCUCUUUCCCUUCAACCAUGGCUGCCCUUGCUUUUGCAGCUCUGCUUCUCUUAGCCAUGGCUGGCCAGUCAAGAGCAAACUGGUGUGUUUGCAAAGACGGAGACCCUGCAGCCCUGCAGAAGGCACUGGACUAUGCCUGUGGAGCCGGGGCAGAUUGCAACCCCAUAAAACCCAAUGGAGUUUGCUACAACCCCAACACUAUCAAAGCUCACUGCAGCUACGCCGUCAACAGCUUUUUCCAGAAGAAGGGCCAAUCCACCGGUACUUGUGACUUUUCUGGCGCUGCAACCCCUACUACCUCCGAUCCCAGCUCAAAUGGUUGUACUUACCCUGCCAGUGCCAGCUCCUCAGGCACAACUCCGACAACACCAUCCACUGGAACCACUGGAACCGGCACAACCCCAACCACCGGAACUACCCCAAUCACUGGAACUACCCCAACCACCGGAACAACCCCGACCACUGGCACAACCCCUACCACCGGCACAACCCCUACAACUGGUACAACACCUACAGGCACCACCCCAUACACAGCAACUCCUGGAGUACUAGGAGGCAUUGGAACGGGAGUAGGGCCAUCGGGAGCUGGCAUCAACACGGACGACAGCGGUGUGAUUAGACCUAUUGACACUACUAGCUUGUUUUCUUCUCUCCUAACCCUAUUCUUCUCAGGCUUGAUGCUUUGGUGGGCCUGAAAAGAAAUUUGGUGGGCGUGAGGAGGACGUGGGGUAGGAUGUGCAAAUAUGAACAUCUUAGGGGACAUCCUUGCUAAGUUCUUUGUAUUUUUGCAUCUCCAUUGCCCUCCUAAAGUUCUAAGUAAUUAAAUUAUUGUACUAUGUGGUAAAAAAGCAGCUGUGGGGAAAAGCGGAUGGGCUUUUGAUUCCUUUUGGGUGGUGUGAACCGUGAAGCAUCUGUCUUUCCGUCUCUCUUUGUUUUUUGUACAUUAGUUUAGAUCUAAUCUGAGAGUGCACUACUGGCUAGUCCCUAUUAAUUUGAUGAGUAUUAUUGGCACUGUUUUCUUA